AUGAUGACCAGCAUUGGUCCGUUGUUUGAUAUUAAUCAAUUAAAUGAAGCACAACAAAAGCAAUUUCAGUUUGUUUAUAAUGAAUUAAAACCACAGUAUACAUCUUACUUGGAGUACAAGCUUAGUUUGCCAUUGAAGACACAAGUGAACAAGGAAGAAGAAGAAAAUGAAUGGAAUUAUGAAUUACACAGAUUUUUACGAGCGAGAAAAUGGAAUGUAGAACACACAAUUAAAGCUCUAGAGGAGAUGUUACAAUGGCGAAGAGAUAAUCAAGUUGACUUGGUUUUAGAAGAGGAAGUAACACUACAACGAGCGACACUCUUACAAAAAAUCCUUCCGUAUAUGAAUCAUGGCUAUACAAAAGUCGACCGUCCAUUGUAUAUGGAAAAAUCCGGUAUUAUAUGUGUUGAUAAAAUCUUGAGUGAAUUUACGACCGAACAACUACUUCGGCAUCAUGUUUAUUGGCUCGAACUUAAUUGUCAACGAGCGAGAGAACGUAGUCGACAAAUUGGUAAACAUAUCGAAAGUUUUACAAUCGUUUCCGAUCUACAUGGUUGCAAUAUGGAAAUUCGAAAAAUCUUUCCGCCAUUCAAACAAUCUCUUUAUAUUGAUAACAAUUAUUAUCCGGAACGACUCGGACAAAUGAUCUUUAUUAACCCGCCAACGGUAUUUCCUAUUCUAUGGAAUCUGGUUAAACCUUGGCUCGAUCCGGUCACUAAAUCAAAAAUUGUUGUAAUCAAAAAAGGUCCUGAAGCUACAAACACACUAUUACAAUAUAUCGAUGUAGAGCAUUUACCAGUCGAAUAUGGAGGAAAUUGUCAAUCAUGUCCAACUGCACCGAAUUGUAUUCAAGUGUAUAAUUGGAACAAAGAAGAUACUAAAGAGAAGUCGAAAAAAAUUGAUUUAAUCCUAUAG